AUGUGGCACGAAGCGAGAAGAUCAGAGAAGAAAGUACACGACAUGAUGGACGCGGCUCGAAAGCGAGCUCAACGACGAGCCGUUUAUUUGGCGAAGAGAAGAGGCGAUCCAAUGCAAUCCAUUCAAGUUAUUGGCAAUCGAUCUCGCAUGUAUCGUGACGAUGGUCUCUAUCAAGCCACACAAGACCAGCAAGGCCUGAUACCUUGGAACGGAAAACAGGAUGUUCUUAUUGACAGAUUUGAUGGCCGUGCUUUACUUGAUUUUAUUCGGGAGCCUGUGAUCCGACGGGCCCCACAAAAAUCAGAAGAAGAAGAAGAACUAGAAGAGUUUGUUAAUUUUGAGCGUUAUCGGGAUUUAAUUAAGCAUCGACGUAGAGGAUUUGCAGAUGAAGAGGGUUUGCAACAUGUAUAUCAAGAACUUGAAGCAAAGUUUACUGCUCCAUUUGCUUCAGACAGUAAUUCUCAGACACAACAGCCUCCUGCUAGCAAGGGUUCUUAUUCACAAGUUGGGUUUUCUUAUGAUGGGGAUGGAAAAGAGGAAACCCAUUUUUCAGAUGGUGAUGACAGUGAAAGUGAAGAUGAAGAUGAUGAUGAUGAGGAUUUUAAUAGCGACGACAGUAAUGAUGAAGGAAUGGAAACAAUAGCAAAAGAUUUUGGAGUGAAAAGGUAUGGCUGGCUUGUUUACAUGGAUAAAAAGGCAAAAGAAGAAGAGAAAAGACAGAAGGAAGUGAUCAAAGGCGAUCCUGCUAUUAGGAAACUGAGUCGCAAGGAAAGAAGGAAAGUUUCUCAGAUAGAAAGGGAAAGAGAGAGAGAAGCUGCUAGGAUAACAGGAACGAGAGUUCUCCAUCAUGAUCCCUACCGUGAAUCUAGACGAAGUCCAACUUAUGAAGCCUAUUCUCGCUCCAGAAGAUCGAGAUCAAGAUCACGCUCAUAUUCACCAUCACGCUCUAGGCGUUAUACUCGUGGAGGGCACCCUGAUGAAGUUCACCGUAGUAAACCAAGGACUCCUAAGAUAGAAUACAUCACUGAAUUUGGGGGCUCUGUUGACAGGGAUGAGCCAAAGCUUGAAGGAUACUCUCCACCACCAUCUCCUUCAUCACAGGCUGAUCUGUUGAACCGGCCGUCAUCUGGUCACAUACUUGAGGCAUUGCAUAUUGAUCCUGCAUCUGGUGUAUCCCUGGAUAAUGAUAAGAGCACAAAAGCAUCAAAACCAACAGUAAGCACACCAUCAGGAUUAGCAAAAUUAACCAAGUCGAGUACUUCUGGGGGUCCUUUGAAGCAGCAACAAGGAGCGAAAAAGAAACUCCUCAGGAGAGACUCAAAAGGAUCAUGA